AUGAGGCUCUCGGUCAUCAUCCCAUUCUUCCUCUGCCUCUUUGACGUGGUCUCUGCCGAGAUGGCAAUGCCCGUCGAGGCGGCAAGAGGCGGUCGCGGUAGAGACGACAAAGCGGACAAGUGCGGCAAGAAAGGAUGCAAAGGGAAGGGCGACAAGGAGCCCGUCAAGGGCGGAUCGGCGGCUCUGCAAACACGCAUUGGAGAUCUCCAGCAAAAGGUCGCCAACGCUAACGACAGCGUCGUACCAUUCAAGGGUGGCAGCCUCAAGGGUCUUGUGGGGCUGCUGAAGGUUAAUGAGGCUGUUGUCGAGCUUGGUAGAACCAUCGAUCUCGGAACCAAGACCGCAGAGAACACCGAUGUAUUGCCGGCAAAUGAGUCUACCACUAUUGGCACGCGUUUCUUGGCCCUUCAACCGGACAUCAACAACCUCCUCACCACACUUGAGGGGAAGCGUCCUCAGUUUGACAAAGCUGGCUUCAAGAUUCUUGAUGUCAGAAGUCUCAUCCGCGAUGACUUGAAGAUUCAGUCAGAUAAAGCCACCGACCUCGGCGGUGCCAUCUUGGACCGUAGCCUCCAACCUAUUGCGCAGGGGGUCAUUGACCAGAUCCAAGGCAACUUUACCGGUGCCAUAGAUGAGUACAAGGGUCGCGGAGGCAAGAUCAAGAUCCCAGCCAAAGCCGUUCCCGCGUUGUCGGACCUACUUGCGGGCGUUGCUAGAGCUCUCGGCAUUGGCGACAGGGACAGGUCGGUGAUGAUGGUGGCCGGCUUGGAGGCUGAAGCCCUCCCGUUCCCGGCAACCAACUUCCCCAACGCCGACGCUGCAGCCAUGGACAUCAACACCUUGGACACUGCCCAGGCCAACAAGGAAAUCGAAACAUUUCAAGCUAGCGUCUCGGAGGAGUCGCUCUCGCGCCUCGGUGACGACGAGAACGACCUCCGUGGUAUCCCGCCGCUGGUACUGGCAGUCUUGCGCCGCUACGAGGUUAUCUGA